AUGAAACAUUCGCUACUGUUGCUCCCCCUGGCGGGACUCAUCACCCUAGCGACAGCCCAGUACGGUCCGGCCCCGCCGAGGCUGAACAUUCCGGGCGCCAUCGCGCUGCCACCGAUCCGCGAGGAGCGCCUACUGCCGCAGCAGCCACCGCAAGUAAUUCGCGUCCGGCGUCCGGGCGCGGUGCGUCUCGCCGCCCCGAACGCCAUCCAUCACCAACAGCCUUCCGCUCUUCCUAAAUUCCACGACCCAAGCACGGCGGAGCACAAGCCGGUCACCGAGGAGCCGGAGGACGACUUCCGGCCCGCCUUCAUCCCGCAGCUCCAACAACCCCACGCCCAUCCCUCUCCGGCACCGCCGUCCCCGGCCGCCACCCCCGCCCUGCAGUAUCCGAUUCCCGCGGACGAGCAGGCGAACGAGCGCGAACUACAGCAAAAUGUUCUCUCUCGCUUCAAUGCACAGGAAAACCGACCGGCGCCGCUACAGCGCGCCCAGAUCCCGGAGCGCUUCUUUGCGACCGACAAGGAACCACAGCGGUUCGCCGCCAACGAGCGGCCGCAGCCUCAGCCGCAGCCCACCCCGAAGCAGUACCGGCCCGCACCGCAGCAAACGUUCCGUCAGCCCCAGCAGCAGCAGCAGCAUUUCCAGGACGAGGACCGCCGGCCAGCACCGCAGGCACCGCGCGUACAUUCCCAGCAGGAGCAGGACCGCAAGCGCAAACCGGUAGCGCAGAUCCUGCGCAAAUGGCGCGAUGAGCACGAGGACGGCUCGAUCACGUGGGGCUUCGAGAAUGACGAUGGAUCGUUCAAGGAGGAAACGAUCGGCAUUGACUGUGUCACCCGUGGACGCUACGGAUACGUCGAUCCGGAUGGUGAGAAGCGCGAGUACACCUACGAAACCGGCAUCCAGUGCGACCCGAACCAGCGCGACGAGGACGACGAGGACAACCUAGAGGUGGACUAUCAGGAGAACAAGGCCGUCCUACCGAACGGUGUCCGGCUCGAUCUGAACAACAUGGGCAAGAAGCAAUCGAAGCGACCCGGCGGCAACCAGCAGUCUCAGCCACCGCAGUACUACCGUAACUAA